GAGAUCCUUUCCUGCUAGAACACCUUCCCCCCGGGGCUCUGCGAAAGUGGACACUACACCGAGGAUUGCUGCUCACAGAGUGGGCUCUGAUACUAGCAUGUUUGGGGUGUACUGCAUGGAAUAUCCCUAUCCAGUUGUACAGGGUAACCAGGAGCCGACAGCCACUCCUGACACCAUGGUUCAACCAUUUGCUGCUAUUCCUUUCCCUCCACCACCCCAAAACGGUUUGUCUACAGAUUAUGGAAACCAACACACACAGGAAUAUGCCGCUCAAUCCACUGAUCAUGUACUUCCGCUCUAUGGAGGAGGGCAAAGUCAUCCAGAACAUACCACACCAGCCACCAGCACAGCUAGUGCUUCCAACACGACAGACGGAUCACAGACAGAAGGACAACAACCACAAACCCAGAGCACUGAAAGCACGGAAACCAAAGCAACUCCUAAAAGGCUUCACGUUUCCAAUAUACCAUUUCGCUUUAGAGACCCUGAUCUUCGCCAGAUGUUUGGGCAAUUUGGCAAAAUUCUCGACGUAGAAAUAAUAUUUAAUGAAAGAGGAUCCAAGGGUUUUGGUUUUGUAACUUUUGAAACUAGCGCGGAUGCUGACCGGGCCCGGGAGAAAUUGCACAGCACGGUGAUUGAGGGGCGAAAAAUCGAGGUCAACAAUGCGACAGCUCGUGUGAUGACCAAUAAGAAAUCUGUAACACCUUAUGGAAAUGGCUGGAAACUUAGUCCCAUGGUAGGAGCUGUAUAUGGACCAGAACUCUAUGCCGCUGCACCUGGGCUCCAAGCUGACGUCUCUUUGGCCACUGAGGCUGGUGUCUCCCUGCCUGGACCAAGGGGGGUUAACACGUACAUUCCAUUGAUCAUUCCUGGAUUCCCCUACCCCACAGCUGCAGCAGCUGCUACUACAGCAGCUGCCUUUCGAGGGGCACAUUUGAGGGGUCGUGGGAGGACGGUAUAUGGUGCAGUGCGGGCAGUGCCGCCUACUGCUAUACCAACCUACCCUGGACUAGUCUUACAGGAAUCAAUCUUAAACCCUAAGCUACCUCAGGGUGGAUAUGCAGCCUACAGAUACACUCAACCAGCCACUGCUGCCACAGCUGCCGCUGCUGCCGCCGCUGCUGCAACCUACAGCGAUGGAUACGGAAGGGUAUAUACAACUGACCCAUAUCAUGCCUUGGCCCCUGCUACCAGUUACGGAGUGGGAGCUGUGGUAAAGGUUGAAAAGCAUUAACAAGCAGUGCUAUGAGCACAUAGUUUGAGCGAGCUUAUACAGAGGCGGUUACAGCCGAUUUGCUCCGUACUGAAGUGACGUAAACAAUUAUUUCCUAUAAAAUCUGGACAAAACUGCCCGUCUCCCCAUUUGCUGUUUCCCUUUCUCUCAACUUUCAAAGUUCACGAGGCCCGGCUUUUGCAAUACUUACAAUGAAAAUAUCCUCUAGGAAUUUUCAGGCAGCGUAAGAUGGAUGAAAUCAACUGAAAUUAUUGAAAACAAACACAAAAGACAUUUUUUAUACCUCAGCUUACUUUUGAAAUCUGUAUUUUUUAUUUCUGCAUUUAGGAUUUUUUUUGUGUUCAUUUUGUUCCA